AUAACAGUCGAGGACUAUGAGCAAGCAGCAAAAACCCUGCUGACAGCACUCUUCAUCAGAGAAAAAUAUUCUCGGCUGGCAUAUCACUGCUUUCCCAGGACAACAGCCAAGUUUCUAAGGAGUGCCAAUAAUGAGAAAUGGAGUGAGGAGGAAGAAGUGCUGCCAGAAAUCUGCCCUGUUCCAAGUGAGGGUCCCUACAGUAUGGAAGACCUUCCACAGAAUCUGAACUACUCCCUGAGGAUGAAAGACGGAAUCAUAUACGUCUAUGAUAAUGAAGAUGCCUUAAAACAGGAUCAGCCACGGAGCUUGCCAUAUCCUGACUUGGAAACCUUUGCCAUUGACAUGAGCCACGUCCUUGCCAUGAUUGCAGACGGACCAACGAAGACCUAUUGUCACAGAAGGCUUAACUUCCUGAUGUCCAAGUUCCAUCUACAUGAAAUGCUGAAUGAGAUGGCCGAGUUAAAGGAACUGAAAAGCGUUCCUCACAGAGACUUCUACAAUGUCAGAAAGGUUGAUACGCACAUUCACGCAGCUGCCUGCAUGAACCAGAAGCAUCUACUGAAGUUCAUCAAGGACACAUAUAAGACCGAAGCAGACCGGGUGGUGCUGGAGAAAGGCGGAAAGAAGUUCACCCUCAAACAGGUGUUUGACAAUCUGAAAAUGGACCCAUAUGAUCUCACAGUAGACUCAUUGGAUGUACACGCGGGCAGACAAACGUUUCAUCGCUUUGAUAAAUUCAAUUCCAAAUACAACCCAGUAGGUGCUAGUGAGCUCAGAGAGAUCUACAUCAAAAGCGAUAACUACAUCAAUGGAGAAUAUUUUGCACGUCUCAUCAAGGAGGUUGCUCAUGACCUUGAAGAGAGUAAAUAUCAGCAUGCUGAACCCCGUCUCUCAAUUUACGGCCGAGCCACUGAAGAGUGGGACAACCUGUCUAAAUGGUUUAUCAAGCAAAAGUUGCACUCCCCUAACAUGAGAUGGAUCAUACAGGUGCCCAGGAUCUAUGACAUUUUCAGAUCAAAGAAGAUUGUUCCCAACUUCGCCAAGAUACUAGAGAACAUCUUCCUCCCACUGUUUCAGGCCACCAUUAAUCCUCAGAAACACAAAGAAACGCAUGUCUUCCUGAAACAUGUGACAGGGUUUGACAGUGUGGAUGAUGAGUCCAAACACAGCGAUCACAUUUUCACCUAUAAGAGUCCAAAACCUGAGGAGUGGACAAUGGAGGAAAACCCACCGUACACUUACUACCUCUUCCACAUGUAUGCCAACAUCAUGGUCCUCAACAACCUUCGAAAGGAACGUGGUCUUAAUACCUUCCAGUUCCGUCCUCACUGCGGUGAGGCAGGAUCCAUCACUCAUCUGGUGUCAGCCUUCCUCACAGCUGACAACAUCUCUCACGGACUCAACCUGAAGAAGAGUCCUGUCCUGCAGUACCUGUAUUAUUUGACCCAGGUGCCCAUUGCAAUGUCUCCACUCAGCAAUAACAGCCUGUUCCUGGAGUAUUCCAAGAAUCCCCUCAGGGAGUUCCUGCAAAAGGGCCUGUGUGUGUCUCUCUCCACAGAUGACCCGUUACAGUUCCACUACACAAAGGAGGCCUUGAUGGAGGAGUAUGCCAUUGCAGCACAGCUGUGGAAACUGAGCACGUGCGACGUGUGUGAGAUCGCCAGAAAUAGUGUGCUUCAGAGCGGUUUGUCUCAUCAGGAGAAGAAACACUUCCUGGGUGAGAAUUAUCUACAGGAUGGACCAGAGGGAAAUGACAUCCGUAGGACAAAUGUGGCGCAGAUCCGUAUGGCAUAUCGACACGAGACCUUGUGCAAUGAGCUCAGCUUCCUAGUGGAUGCGGUCAAGUCAGAAGCAGUGGCUGAAAAAGCCUCGUAGACAUGGCAGGGUGACAGAUAGGCUAGAACACGGGUCCAUAUGAGUUGACCAGACAUCGAUAUAAAACCUAAUCUUGCUACAGGUGAUGCACUAAACAGCCAUGGAAAUGCAUCAUUCUGGUAGAAAGUCAUGAAGCCAUGUGUCUUGGUGCCUUAUGAUGGACAUAACCUUUCCCAUAGUGCCUUACAGGAUGGAUAUAUCCAUUAUAUUUCUCAAAUCUGUUUCUUUAAAAAUGGGACGUUUUGAUCAAAUGUUCCUGUGUUUUGCAUGGUUUCUGAAAAUGAUGUUUUGAGGGAGCAUACAUUUGUUACCUUUUCUAAUGAGGAAGUCUUCGGGUUUGUGACUUAAUGUGUUCUUUUGUUCAGAUAAAUGUUUUACGCAAUAAAAGGUAGUGGCGCAGAGACUGGAAGAAAAAUUUGCCUUGGUAAACUAGUUUGUUUGCAACCUGAGAUUUUGGGCCUGUUAUUCUGUCGGGUAACCUAUGGGGUGGCGUUUUAUCUUUUGUCACAAAAUCUUGUGUACUUGAACUUGCACAUUUUGUACACCAACAGAGAUGGUUAAGCUGUUUGUUAAGGAAUAAUGGCUUUUGAAAACAUGCCUGAGUGCUGAAUAUGUUCAGCAAUAUUUGAAUAUGGCUUUCAAAGUAAAAUAAAUAAAGAGGUGUCAAAAAGAGCCUUUCAUGAUGUGACUGUUAAUAUUCCAGGUAAGUAGAAAAAUGAUUCUUUAUUUGCUCAACACUGAAGCCCAGUGGAAGUAGUGGGAACUGCUACAGCCUUCAAACAAGAACUAGCUAGAACAAAAUAUUCAAUUUACUUUAUUAUUCGAGAUUUACACAAGAAUAGGGAACACCGAACAUCCCAGUUCAGUCCAUAUUUAAAAGAACUCUCCUUUGAAAGAACACUCACAAAAGAAAACGGCAACUAGUGCCAUUUUCUCCAAUAAAACUACUACCAUUCAGUCCCAUCUCUAUAAAUCUGAGAAUAUUGCAAAAAAA